GGUGGGAUGACCGCGGGACGGCUGUUUCGGAGACUGCUGCGAGCGCGCUCCAGUGCCAUGGCUCAGGGCCCACUCGAGGGCGUGGCGCCCUCCAGGGGUCUGCACGCGGAGUGCAGGCCCCGAAGGCUUUCCGUCGAAGGCAACAUUGCUGUGGGAAAGUCAACCUUUGUGAAGUUACUCAUGGCAACUUACCCAGAGUGGCACGUGGCUACAGAACCUGUAGCAACAUGGCAGAAUGUCCUGACUUCUGACACUCAAAAAGACAGCACUACCCAGAGUCUUGGAAACUUGCUCGAUUUGAUGUACCAGGAGCCAGCACGAUGGUCCUAUACAUUCCAGACGUUUUCUUUUAUGAGCCGCCUGAAAAUUCAACUGGAGCCCAUCCCUGAGAGACUGUUGCAGGCCAGCAAUGCAGUGCAGAUCUUUGAGAGGUCUGUUUACAGUGACAGGUAUGUGUUUGCAAAGAGCCUUUAUGAAAAUGGCUCCCUCAAUGACUUGGAAUGGCACAUCUACCAGAACUGGCAUUCUUUUCUCCUGCAGGAGUUUGCCACUCAGCUCAGAUUACAUGGCUUCAUCUACCUCCAGGCUACCCCCCAGGUUUGUUUGAAGAGAAUGCACCUGAGGGCCAGGCAAGAGGAGAAGGGGGUUGAGCUGUCCUAUCUUGAGCAGCUUCAUGAGCAGCAUGAGGCCUGGCUUGUUCGUAAAUCAACCAGGCUCCACUCCGAUACUCUGCUCAACAUCCCAGUGCUGGUGUUGGAUGUCAAUGAUGAUUUUUCUGAAGUAGGAGCCAAACAAAAAGAUCUAAUGGAGAAGGUAAUCACCUUUGUAAAGAAUCUGUAGUCAUGUACUAUGAUAUGGACUCUCUGAAUUUCUUAAGCUAGAAAAGCACUGAACCAACUGUUGAAGUUCAGGCAUGACCGAGGUCCAGUGUUCCUGUGUGGUCAUCUGUGAGAAUGCUCCAAAAACUAAGGCAACAACCUUGGAGACAGACAGCCUGGCUCACACUGAGCCCAGCACACAUACUUAUAUAGAUUCGGUCAUUCCGAAUAUAAUGAUUAUAGUUGGAUCAAGCUGCAGACAAGUAUCUUUGUCUUCUGAGGCCAGAGCAGUGGCAGAAGUGGUAAG